ACACAUUCUAUAUCUGCGCGCUUCCACGCAGCCCGUCUAUAAUUUCCAAAUGAGUUCGGCGUUUUUCACGGCAGCUGCACACGCGAAAAAUCACAUGCACAGCCGCAUAUCUACAGUGCCGCGGAAAACCCCGAAAAACUCGCCGCGAGAACAAUGCAUCAUCGAGUGCAUAUCUGCGUAAGUGUACACACGAACGAACGAGAGAGGCAAUAUCGCGGGGAUGAGCCGUGUGUGGCGAUCGGAUGCGCGCAGGCGCCGAUCGCUGCCUCGAAUUACGCAAUGAGAGAAGCAGCGAUUGAGCGCUAUAAAAGCGGUAACUUCAAACGUCAGAGCUCACAGUUCGUUUUUUACCGGAUUCCUGGAUAGACGCGAUAUUGUUGGCGAGUCUGUUUUUGUUCGAUAUUUGAUAUAGCGUUAGGUGAAAGAUGUCGUGGAUCACCGUAACCGCGACGGCGAUAUUCUUCGUCGUAGGCGUCACGUGCUCGCCUAUCGAUGUUUCCAAGCCAGCGACGGAACUAUUGCCACCUAAGGUCGACAGCGUCCCAACGCUCGCCACUGAGUUGAUGCCACCGUCAGAGUCGGCAGAGAAGCCGGAGAACAAUUGGCCCGCCACAGAUUUGGUACCACCGCCUCUGCCGGAAGAAGAAACGCACGUAAAAAAGGUACCCGCCACGCUAUUCCUGAUCAACAUCUACGCGGUGAAGAAUAGCACCGCCGAGGACUCGAAUGACGUGUUGCACGAUGACGUCAUCGAGGAAGUACCCAACGAAAGCUCAGAACCCCUGGCCAUGUUCAUUCUGGUGGUCGAGGAGGAAGAUGAAGAUCAUCCAGUGAGCUUGGACGAGGUUGCCAAGGAUCUGGAAGAAGAGGGCUUCAGCGUCGAAAAGGUCGCCAAGGAUGGCGAGACGCGCCUCGUUAAGGUUGACCUUAACUCUGUCGAGUCCAUGGUGAAGUUCGAUGGUGAGAACAAGAACAACGCUAUCGAGCAGAUCAUCGCUGAAGCCGCAGAGAAGAGGGUCCAAGAGGCCCAAGAGGCGACAGAACAGCCCGAGCUUGACGACUCGAGCAAGCUUAUGAAGGUCCGCAGGAAGAGACAUCUUUGCCUGAAGUGCAUGCUUGAUGAGGUCAAGCAGUACAAGCACCACAGUUCCGGUGGAUGCGGAGGUGGAUGCGGAGGUGGUGGCGGUAACUAUUACCAGCCUCAACCAGUGCAGUAUCAACCAGUCGUAAUGGAACCAGUACAUGUACAACCCGUCAUUGUCCAGCAACCAGUCCAAAGGCCCUACUAUCCUCAGCCUCAACCUCAACCUCAACCUCAACCUACUUGCAACGUAUGCGGAGGAGGUAAUAAUGGAUAUGGUGGACACGGAGGCGGUAGCUCUUAUGCUCAAGCAUCUGCCCAAGCUUCUGCUCAAGCUUCAAGUUAUGGAGGAUAUUAAAUGACAAAUAUAUGAGUGACUGCAAAGGAUUUCAUGUAUUGUUGAGUAUUUUUACGAGACACUUGCGAACACGCCAAUGCUUCAGACUGUAUAUAUUUUUAAACUUUAGAGUUUUUAAUAUAUAUUAUUUUCAAAAAAGCAUUUUUUAAAUAUAAUAUAGUUGAUGAAGCUUGUACAGUAAAUAAUAAUUUAUUUCGAAUGCAGGUGAUGCAAUAAUAUUUAAGUGAUACUAAUUAAGUGCUAUGUUUACUGGAAGUAAUAUUUCUUUUGAUAUCGCUGUUAAAUAAAAAAUAUUUUUGUA